AUUGGUUGAAAACGUUACGCUGUCUGUGGGCUGAGAGCUUGAUGAUUCUGUUGGUUCCGGAAAAAUUAGAGAGAUUGAAGGGGCUGGGCCCACAGUAGAGAAAUGGCGAGGACGGCUAACGAGAACGGGUGCGAAGAACAAACACGGAGCCAGGAGCCGCGAGGACCGGGCCUGGGUUCGGCCAGAUGGGGUCCACAACACGCCGGUGCCCGAGAACUAGCAAAUCUAUACUCACCAGGCAAAAGAUGUCAGGAGUGGAUAAGUGUCAUCCUCUGCUUCACUCUCAUGGCCUUCAAUUUCAUUCACCUUCUUGCCAAUUUCCACCUGGGACAUCUGUGGUACAUCCUGUUGAGUGUUGUGGCAGGAAUACUUACCGCGGACUUUGCUUCAGGACUUGUUCACUGGGGGGCUGAUACAUGGGGAUCAGUGGAUCUUCCCAUAUUUGGGAAGGCUUUUAUAAGACCAUUUAGAGAGCACCACAUCGAUCCCACAGCCAUCACCCGUCACGACUUCAUUGAGACCAAUGGCGACAACUGCAUGCUUACCAUAGUCCCUUUAGCAAACAUGGCCUUCAGCUUCCUCACUCUCACCCCCGCGGAGAUUUACCGUGUCUACCCCUGGUACUGCUACUUGUUCGCGCUGGGCAUCUUUGUGACCCUGACCAACCAGAUUCACAAGUGGUCGCACACGUAUUUUGGCCUGCCUCGUUGGGUUGUGUUCCUGCAGGACUUCCACGUUAUCCUUCCCCGCAAGCACCACCGCAUCCACCACGUCUCCCCUCAUGAGACGUACUUCUGCAUCACUACAGGUUGGCUGAACUACCCUCUGGAGAAGAUGGCUUUCUGGAAGAACCUGGAGGAUCUUAUCCAGGGCGUGACGGGAGAGAAGCCCAGGUCCGACGACCUGAAAUGGGCUCAAAAAGUGAAGUAACGCCGCAGGCUAACUGCACCCUACCUCAGAAGACGCUGGCUCUGUGCGACCUUCUCAUCCCCCUUUUUUGCCUCACACAGACUGUAAUCCAUAGAAAGCAAAACUAACAAACACUUUCUGAUGCCAUAGCUUUAAGUCUUGCACAUUUUGUCUGUUUUUCAAGAGGAGGGCUCUGUUGAUGGAAUUUUUCAUUACUCCCUCGUGGAGAUCAUUAUUUCAAAAUUGCAAUAUAUCCUAAACUCUUCGUAUGCCUAACGCAACUUAUAACGUUUUUGAGGUGAUUUAAAAAUAAAGAGAAGGUUUGAUCAGAUACAGAUAAUUUCAAAUCGCUUUCCAAGGAGAUUAAAACAUUUCCCUGACGUCAGAAAAUUCAAACAAGCCCAGGACAGAACACUUGAAAGAGUGAACACUCACUUUCUUUUCCUCCAGAGACAAAACUGUUCAUUUUCAGAGUGGAUGGAGUGGACGUUAUAUUUAGCACUGCCUUUUUUUCUUUGUAUUUCCACCUCAUCAAGGGUCUUCUUGAGCAAGUAGUGACAUUAGAUUGAGGCCGCGGUAAGUAGUGGAGCUAGGGGGGGGGAUAUAGUAUUUUUGGUUGCUUUACCAAUGUUGAUAGCUAAAGAACAACAUGGUUAAUUACUGU